CUAGAGCUCAUUAAGAUGAAGCAAACAGCUCGCGACGGAUCCUUUAUCGAACUAUUCACUAUGAUGCCCUGCGUCGGUUAUCUGUUAAUUUGUUUUGUGAAAUCAUAUAAAAUAUUGUACUACCGUCCCGUCUAUGAGAACCUAAUCAAUGAGCUUCGAGACAUGUGGCCACAGGACGCGGUGACGAAAGAAGAGUACGAUAUAGUGCGCUUAGCACUUGUUAGACUUAAACGCAAUAUCAAAGGUUACUACUUCUGCACAUUGGCUCUGUUUAUAUUAUUAUCGGCACCACCAUUUACGGCAAUGAUAAAGCGCACGAUGGGUCAAGAAGUGCCGCUAACACUAGCAUUCUCAUACUGGUUUCCCUUUGACCCUUUCCAACGAGGCCGUUUCGAAGUCAUAGCGGUUAUACAAACAUGGCACUGUUUCCUCGCGCUAGGUUUUAUGCUGCCCACAGACGCACUAUUCUGGGUAUUUCUGAGUCAUAUCACCACUCAGUUCGACUUGCUUGCUAUUAGAUUAAAGAAAAUGUUUUACGUACCAUUAGAUAGACAGCUUAUUGCGGAAUAUCCCCUAGCUCAAUACAGCUUGGAAUGUGAUACGAAUAACAACAACGAAACAGAGAAAGUGUAUCAAAAGAAAUUGGUCGAUGUUAUUUUGAAACAUCGUGCCCUGAUCAGGAUGUCCGGCGUCGUGGAGGAACAAUUCACAUUUUCACUUCUCAUAAAUUUUAUUAAUAGCUCUAUAAUUAUUUGCUUCUGUGGAUUCUGUUGUAUGUUUGUAGAGAAAUGGAAUGAAAUCACGUACAAAUUUUUCUUAACGACCGCCACUCUUCAGAUCUGGCUGGUUUGUUGGUAUGGACAAAAACUUCUAGACUCCAGUCAAGGAAUCGCUGAUGCCGUCUAUUGCAGUGGCUGGUAUAACGUACCGCAACGCGUAAAGAGUUUCUUGAUUAUUAUAUUUUACCGUGCUCAAAAAGAGGUGUACGUUACUACGUACGGAUUUUCAGUAAUUUCAAUCGAAAGUUAUAGUACAAUUUUGAAAACUUCGUGGUCGUAUCUAAUGCUACUAGUCAAUGUAUUUAAGAAAUAA